AUGUCUCAGACACCCUUUGCUAGAAGACCUCCCUUCAAGGUAUGUUACAUCUGUGGCAGAGAAUUUGGGUCACAUUCUAUUGCUAUACAUGAACCUAAGUGCCUAGAGAAGUGGCGCAUUGAGAACAAUCAGCUACCAAAGCACCUUAGAAGGCCAGAGCCCAGGAAACCUGAGGUCCUUACUGGUUGUGGUUCCUAUACAUUUACAGAUGAAAAUGAAGCAGCUUAUUAUAGUGCUCAAGCCCAGCUCGUGCCCUGUAGAAACUGUGGCCGAACCUUUUUUCCCGACCGUCUCCCUGUGCACGAAAGGUGUUGCAAAGGGGGCAGCAGCCGUGCAAGGCAACCAAGCGCUACCGCUGGUAAAUGUGGUAAAGCACCAAGAUCUGGAACUGGCUCAGAAAGUGGUGAACCAUCUAAGGCCCGUCAAGGAAUGAGCAGGGCUGCACCAGCUGUAUCAGACCAGGCAAAAGUGAUAAGACGACCACCAACAGUGAUUUGCUACAUAUGUGGCCGUGAGUAUGGAACAAAAUCCAUUAGUAUACAUGAGCCACAAUGCCUGAAAAAAUGGCACCAGGAGAAUGACAACCUCCCCAAGCACUUGAGAAGGCCAGAACCCAAAAAGCCAGAAGUCAGAACUGUGCAAGCCAAAGGUUUCUAUGAUCUUGAUGCUUUAAAUGAGGCUGCCUGGACCAGCGCCCAAGCCCAGCUAGUUCCAUGUGAUAUUUGUGGGCGUACUUUUCUUCCAGACAGACUGAUUGUCCACCAGAGGUCCUGUAAACCAAAACCUGCAAAGUGA